GCCAAGCAGCUGUUGGACAAGAACUGGCUCCAAAUCACAGGCGAACGCUUAAGAAAUCGUAAAAGAUAUUUUAACCGUCAGUCUAAGGUGAGCGCUCGACUAGUUCGGUUCGUGUAUUGUAAAGCAAACGCUCGUUAUUGCCAUUCGCUGAUCGCUGCUGUCGUUCCUUACGCGUUUCAAACGGAAUUCCGCUUAAAAUUUUUACCAUUAACCCAAACCUUGGCUCAAAAGAGAAACGUUACAUGCAUAAAAAUAAACAUAUAAUUAAGAAUUCCAAAAAGUCACACACAUGCACACGUACAUAUGAUUAUAGUGAUCGAUAAGUGAAAAGUGAAUUGAGAUUUCUUUUUAUGUAAAUGUGCACAUUUUUUGAAUUGUUUAUAUUUAUAACAUAAAGGCAAUUUGAGAAAAGCAUUCGUGGAGAGCUGCCCCUUCGGUUGUGACUUUGUGUUCUGUCUUCUUGGAAAUAACUAUCUGCUGUACAACAAAUACGCGCAUUACCCAAAAUGGCAUACCGGUGCUUUUGGAGAAGCAUAACCAAUAUGAAGUUGGCUAUCGUUGUAAUUGCUUUAAGUAUGCACGUUGCAAGUGCGGCACUUUGGUCGAAUUACGAUACUGAAAAGGCGGAGAAAUGUAGUGGCGGUGCGGGGUUGAAAUAUUUGUCCGGCGAUGCGCUAAUUGAUUCUCCCAAUUGUAUGGGGCCGAACAACUCGCCCUAUCCAAGUGCGGCUGUGGCACGAACCUUCUCGAAUUGGAACGGUAACUCCAGGCGUGGGCGUCAAAGUAAAUUCCCCUCAACGCUAGAUCCGGCGAUAACAACGAGUGCUCUACUACGUGCCUAUGACGAAGUCAAUAAUGAUCUUCCUACCAGCAAUCGUUUUGGUCGCUCUUUGGGAAGUGCACCUGUCAGUCAAUGCAGAGAAACACCAUCUCGUCUGUGCAAAACACGCUACAAUACGACGGCGCCAAUGUAUGGAGUCAGUUUGACAUCUGGACAGCCGGUUACCAUUGUUCAAAAGUUCCCUGAUCUGUUACAACAAGUCGUAUUCGAAGUUUGCGAAUCGGGUGAAUGUGACGUUGUACGUGGUGAAUGCACUCAGACAUAUGUGCCGUAUCUGUUUCUUGUAAUUCCGUUGGGUCCAGUCACACUGACUGGUCAGGACUACGUAUUGGUUGAGAGCGGGUGUGUAUGCAAACCCAAAUAUUCUACGGGGGCCGCACAGGAGCCAAAUAUGAUACCUUAGUUUAUUUUCGGAACCAAAUAAAAGUUUAAUUUGUUAACAUCUGAUAUACUGCUACACAACUACAUACAAAGUAAACUGUUUAAAAUGGACAUUUGUACGCACAAAUGAUGUAACUUUUCGCUGUAUUAUAUUUGCUACGAAUGCCCAUUUUUACUCUAAAUAGGAUCGAUUCAACAAGUUUUCUCUGUUGAAUUUACAGUUAUUAAUAUACACACAUAUUUAGUUGUAACAUAUUUAUUAUUAUAAAUAUACAUAUUUAUGAAUUCAUAUUGAGAUAAAUAUGAGUAAAUAUAUUUCUCUAGAAUAGUUGUAUGUUGAUUUCAAAUAAUUUAAUUGAACAGCAAAUUACUUGAAUAUUAAGGUUAAAAGGGCUUAAAUGAAUAUUUGCAAUAUUAUUCUUCAUAUACAAAAUUUUAAACAAAAUUUAGCAUAUUUAUUAUAACGAUAAAAAUCAUAAAUUAUGUAAGUGGUUAAAGAAAACAUGAAUUUCGCCAUGCUAAUAACGAAUGCAAUACGAUUAUUUCUCGAUAUUCAGGGUUUUCUUUCAAAAUAGUUUUUUUAAAUAUCGUAUUUUCAUAUAUAGUAUUCUCGUAUCUGUCUAUUUGCCAGGAUAUUUUGGUUCAAAACAAUGUAUUUCAAAUAAUUCUUUAUACAGUAUAAGAAAAAAACAUACAGACAUAUGUAUGUAUAAUAAGAGUACAUAUAUACAAACUAAAAUAAAUACGAUAUUUUAAUCGCAUAGAUUUGUUAUUAGGGGUUUCGUUAUAAGUCAAGUGUAUGUACGCCUUUCCGUAACAGUAUAUCAGAAAUAAUUAAAUAUACGAACAAAAGCUUAAGUUUAAGAUUGCCUAUUUAUUGUUUGCUUAAAAGUUUUCUCUAUUAAAUUAUAUUUAAUAUGUUUUAUGCUAAUGACAUAUAUACAAAUAAAUACAAAUAUCUAUCCUAAAUGAAAAUAAUAUGUUAUAUAUUAAGCUAGCGUUAAUAUUCUUGUAUGUACACUCGUACCAAACGCACUCGCAAGUGCGGAUUUGUUUUUUGCAAAUGAAAUAAAAAACUAUGAAUGUAUGUAGUAUAAGAAUUAAGGAGGAAAACUAAAUUUUGCAUUUACGUAUGUAUGUACAUAUGUAUUUAUGUAUCUGGAACAUUUGUAACAAAUAAAUGAUUUUAAUAAACCAUAAUAUCAACAAACGUUAGU